UGGUGGUGGUGUUGGUGAUAUGCUUGCUCAACAUAUGAAUUCAGUUAAUCUUGGUAAUAAUGAUUCACAUAAUUAUGACAAUGGUACACAUGAUCAUACACAAAAUAUGAGUGUAUUAUCGUCAAAAGAACAGCAACAUUAUCAAUCAAAUAGUAGUAAUAUUUCGUUAUCACGUCCAUCUCAAACAUCUUCAUCAUCGGGUCCGAAAUCAUACGCAUCUGUUGUUUCAUCUGAUAUGAUAAAUUCAACUAACAAUAAAUCGACUUCAUCUAUUUCGAAUUUACCGAUUCGUUCAAUAAAUGAACGUACAUCUAAUCCUUCGAAUGAUUCUUUAAAUAUGCGUUCGAAUAAUCAACAAUCACGAAAUGGUACAGGAGGAUAUAAUCCUCGUUAUCAACAACAGCAACAACAACAACAGCAUCAUCAAUCAUCUGGUAAUGAAGGGUUUCUUAAUUGGACAAAUAAUAAUACAGAUCGUUCAUCUAAUAAUACUACUAACAAUAAUAAUAAACGACAAAAUACAUCAUCAUCUCGUACAACCAAUAGUAAUCAAGAAAAACAUGAUCAACAAUAUAAUCCAAAAGAUUUUAAUUUAAAUCCAAAAGGCGCACGAUUCUUUGUUAUUAAAUCCUAUUCUGAAGAUGAUGUACAUCGUUCAAUAAAAUAUAAUAUCUGGUGUUCAACUGAACAUGGAAAUAAACGUUUAGACGCUGCAUUUCGUGAACGUGAAGGAAAAGGUCCAAUUUAUUUAUUUUAUUCUGUUAAUGCAUCAGGACAUUUUUGUGGUAUGGCUGAGAUGAUGUCACCUCUUGAUUAUGAUCAUCAAACCGAUGUUUGGCAUAUGUCAAAUAAAUGGCAAGGUAAAUUUGAAGUCAAAUGGAUUUAUGUUAAAGAUGUACCAAAUCAACAAUUUCGUAAUAUACGUUUGGAAAAUAAUGAAAAUAAACCGGUGACAAAUUCUCGAGAUACACAAGAAAUACCCUAUGAAAAAGGCAAAUUAAUGUUAAAAACUUUACAUAUGUACCGUCAUAAAACAUCUAUAUUUGAUGAUUUUCAAUAUUAUGAAUCAAAACAAUUAGAAGAAAUAACGACAAAAAAACCUUCAAAUGAUGAUGAUAAUAAUAAUAAUAAUAAUAAUAAUAUUAAUAAUAAUGGUAGUAAUAACAAUAGACGAUCAUUAUUAUCUAACAGAUCAACAACAACAACAACUCAAUUAGAACAGCAACAAAAUGAACAUGAUGAAAAUGAAUAA